UGCGCGCAUGCGCGAGCUCCCGGCUUCCGGAAAGCGGAAGCGCGGAUCGGCUGGGAGCGAUGGCAGCUGGUGGUCUGAGCCGCUCCGAGCGCAAGGCAGCCGAGCGGGUGCGGCGGCUGCGGGAGGAGCAGCAGCGGGAGCGCCUGCGCCAGGUGUCCCGCAUCUUGAGGAAGGCGGCGGCAGAGCGCAGCGCCGAGGAGGGCCGUCUGCUAGCCGAGAGCGAGGACCUGGUCAGCGAGCUGCAGGGUCGGAGGCGGCGGCGCGAGGGCCUGAAGCGGCGGCAGGAGGAGGUGUGCGAUGACCCCGAGGAGCUGCGGCGGAAGGUGCAGGAGCUCGCCAGCGCUGUGCGCAACGCCAAGCACCUGGUGGUCUACACCGGCGCGGGCAUCAGCACGGCAGCCUCUAUCCCAGAUUACCGGGGCCCCAAUGGAGUGUGGACAUUGCUUCAAAAAGGGAAAACUGUUAGUGCUGCUGACCUGAGUGAGGCUGAGCCUACCCUCACCCACAUGAGUAUCGCUCGCUUACAGGAGCAGAAGCUGGUGCAGCACGUGGUGUCUCAGAACUGUGAUGGGCUUCACCUGCGUAGUGGGCUACCCCGCACGGCCAUCUCCGAGCUCCAUGGGAACAUGUACAUAGAAGUCUGCACCACCUGUACCCCCAACAGGGAGUACGUACGUGUGUUCGAUGUGACAGAGCGCACUGCCCUCCACCGCCACCAGACAGGCCGGACUUGCCACAAGUGUGGGGCCCAGCUCCGGGACACCAUCGUGCACUUUGGGGAGCGGGGUAUACUGGGGCAACCUCUAAACUGGGAGGCAGCCACUCAGGCUGCCAGCAAAGCUGACACAAUCCUAUGUUUAGGCUCCAGUUUAAAGGUGCUAAAGAAGUACCCCCGCCUCUGGUGUAUGACCAAGCCCCCCAACCGGCGGCCCAAGCUCUACAUCGUGAAUUUGCAGUGGACCCCAAAGGAUGACUGGGCUGUCCUGAAGCUCCAUGGGAAGUGUGAUGAUGUCAUGCGGCUUCUCAUGGAAGAGCUGGGCCUGGAGAUUCCCCCCUACAACAGGGUCUUAUGGGGGAAAUCAAUAACUUCUUUUAAUCAAAGGGUUCAAGAAUUAAGGAUCCCUUCACCUUCUGGGCCUGGCAAUUCUUGUGGCAGGACCCAAUCUUCUCCUUGGCGAUUCCCCUGCGCCCCGAGGAAGAAGGCAGCCAUAGUCGGAAGUCACUGUGCAGAAGCCCAGAGGAGGCUCCACCUGGGGACCCCAAUGCCCCGCUAAACUCAGCUCCCAUCCUUGGUGGCUGGUUUGGCAGGGGUUGCUCCAAACGCACAAAACGAAAAAAAAGUUACGUAACCUAGUGCUUGACCAAGAACAACACUGGCACUUUGCAGGUGGCUAGGACUAUUGGGAGCAAAGGAUACCCUGGAGUUGAAGCCAGCCUCCUGGGAGCUCAUCAGGAUUCUUUGGGGGAUUUUCACUGCAAGACUCAAUCUUGUGACUUAUGGAAAGUUCACAUGCACUGCAUGGUGGUUACGGCCUGCUGUGGACACUCAAGCCAUCCAGCCCUGUAUGCCCUCCCUUAGAGCAAGACCUGCCGCCCAGGAAGCUGCUGCCUUACCUCCUCUAGUCUCAGGGCCGCGCCCUCUUUCUACUACUUUUACUAAAAAUGUUGACUUUAUAGAUACCGUUUUCUGUACUGGGUACUUGGCAAAGGGUUCGAGCUUCUGCUCUCAGUUGACCUUUCUAUUAAACAUCUCUGAACUGUC